AAAGUGAAACUAUGUAACGUGCGCUUCAUGUCGUAUCUUCUCUCUCACUUACACUGAUGCUGCUUGUUUCCUGGUUUUGUCACCUGGCGCUGGCUGGCUCUCUCUGAAGUCGGAUCCCAUCGGUGUCGUCACUAGCUGCGGUAGAGGGAGACCGAAGAGGCGAAGACCAACUUUUCACACCAGGAAAAGGGGCGUCGAUAAAAAUAAUGGUAGUGGAGGAGAGAUGGUGCGUGGUGACUGGAGGGAGAGGAUUUGCUGCGCGGCAUUUGGUGGAAAAGCUCAUCGCCUACGAAAUGUUUUCCGUGCGGAUUGCCGACUUGGGCCCCACCAUUGAGCUUGAACCAACCGAGGAGAAGGGCCCCCUCGGCGAAGCCUUACGCUCUGGCCGCGCCGUGUAUGUUCAUACCGAUCUCCGAAACAAGGCCCAUGUGGUGAAAGCAUGUGAAGGAGCGGAGGUCGUAUUCCACAUGGCUGCGCCAAAUUCAUCGAUUAACAAUUAUCAGCUGCAUCAUUCGGUGAAUGUGGAAGGGACAAAAAAUGUUAUUGAUGCUUGCACUGAGCUAAAAGUAAAGAGAUUGAUUUAUACUAGCUCUCCUAGCGUGGUCUUUGAUGGGAUUCAUGGGAGUUUCAAUGGGGAUGAGUCGUUGUCAUAUCCGGCUAAGCACAACGAUUCGUAUUCAGCAACUAAAGCUGAAGGAGAGGCAUUGGUAAUCAAAUCAAAUGGGACUAAUGGACUUUUAACAUGCUGUAUACGUCCUAGCGGCAUUUUUGGCCCUGGAGAUAAGUUGUUGGUUCCAUCUUUAGUAGCUGCUGCAAGGGCGGGGAAAUCUAAGGCAUAUUUUAUCACCAACAUGGAACCUAUAAAAUUUUGGGAGUUUGUUUCGCUUAUUCUGGAAGGACUUGGCUAUGAGGGGCCAAGAAUAAAGAUCCCUGCCUUUGUCAUGAUGCCAAUUGCACAUAUGGUGGAGUGGACAUAUAGGCUGUUUGGCCCAUAUGGGAUGAAGGUUCCACAAUUGACACCUUCAAGAAUUAGACUCCUAUCUUGCAGCAGAUCUUUUAAUUGUUCAAAAGCAAAGGAUCUACUUGGCUAUGAACCCAUCGUCUCCCUUCAGGAUGGUAUAAAGAGGACAAUUGAGUCAUACUCACACUUGAGGGCUGAUCAUCUACACAAAAGAGAAGGACCGUCGAGAGCUUCCGUAUAUCUUGGAAGUGGAAGGGUUGCUGACAUGUUACUCUGGAGGGAUAAAAGGCAGACACUUACUGCUUUAUUACUAUUGGUUGCAAUUUACUACAACUUCAUUGCAUCUGGAUUUAUCCUCCUAAGCGGCCUUUCAAAGCUUCUUUUGGCAACCUCAAUAUUCUUGUUUAUCCAUGGCAUUUUACCAGAAAAGAUAAUGGGAUAUACAGUGGAGAAAAUACCCCCAUCACGUUUUUAUUUGUCAGAAGAGAAGUCGAGAAGAGUUGCUUCAUCGGUGGCGUCAUCUUGGAAUGCUGCUGUUAAUGUUUUAAAGUAUCUUUCGAUGGGAAAGGACUGGGUUCUGUUCCUUAAGGUUGUUCUCUCUCUAUUGCUUCUUAGCUUCCUUGGAACCAUUUCACUUCAGAGCUUUUUUGUCAUAGUUCUUCCAGUUGUCUUUAUAGCCUUUUAUGUGUAUGAAAAAAAGGAGAAGGAAAUCGAUUCUUUGGUUCUGGGAACUCUUUCUCUCGGACGCAAGUUGAAGUCAGAUGUUGUCAAGAAAGUUGUUACUUCCAAGAAGAGUGAUUGACUUCCGGUAGCCCAAAUUUUCCUUCUCUAAGAAGUGGUGCUAUCAUUUUUUAUUUUAUCGUUUGGAGCCAUUUGCCUGAUGUUUUGAUUAUUUGAAAAAGGGGCUCAUGGACAUGUGGUUGCUUUCUGGUUGCUGUUAGCCUGUUUGUAUCUGAGUACGGUUUAUGCAAGUCUUUGGAGUAGAUAAGGUAUUCGAUAUGUUUGAACACGCCAUGACUCUUCUCUCCCUUUUUGGCGCUCUACCAACACACUUCCCAAUUGUUGAACUCAUAAUGCUAUGAUUUUCUUUAACUACAUUGUAUGUUCUUGCGCUGUAAUGGACCAUUUCCCUUUAUUUCAGUGGAAAGUGAUACAUGAAGAAGAGUUUGUAUUUA